AUGCUUUCUUUUACAGUCCUGCUGGCGGCUUCCGCCUUGACGGGCGUGACGCUCGCAAAACCCAUUCCUGUCCCGCAGGUCGAGACGAAGAAAGGCUUUACACUUGUGCAGAGUGUUGCAAAGCCAUACCAGGCCGGUCCUGUGGCUCUGCAAAAGACCUACCGCAAAUACAACAUUGCCGUGCCCGACAAUGUCAAAGCCGCGGCCGCAGAUGGCUCUGUCACUGCCACCCCUGAGCAAUUCGACGCUGAAUAUCUCUGCCCUGUCAGCAUUGGAGGCGAAACAUUGAACCUCGAUUUUGAUACUGGAUCCGCAGAUCUGUGGGUCUUCUCGUCCCAGUUGCCCAGCUCAGAGCGCUCUGGACACAGCAUCUACGAUCCGUCCAAGUCAAAGACGGCUAAGCAGCUCAGUGGAGCCACCUGGAAGAUCUCAUACGGCGAUGGGUCGAGCGCGAGCGGCAAUGUCUACACGGACACUGUCAAUGUCGGUGGCACCACGGUCACGGGACAAGCUGUCGAAGUUGCCAAACAGAUCAGUUCACAGUUCCAACAGGAUGCAAACAAUGACGGUCUGCUCGGCCUGGCUUUCAGCUCUAUUAACACCGUCCAACCCCAGCAACAAACCACCUUCUUCGAUACUGCCAUUGCCCAAGGAACCCUUGAGCAGAAUGUAUUCACCGUGGACUUGAAAAAGGGAGAGCCGGGUUCGUACGACUUUGGAUUCAUCGACAACAGCAAAUACACGGGCGAUAUCACAUACACACCCGUGGACAACUCCCAGGGCUUCUGGGAAAUCACUGGUACAGGUUACCAAGUUGGUGAUGGGGAAUUCCAGUCGGCAAGCAUUGACGCCAUUGCUGAUACUGGCACCACCCUCCUUCUCAUGGAUGAUGAUAUUGUUUCGGCCUACUACGAUCAAGUCGAGGGCGCCGAGUUGGACAACUCUCAGGGGGGCUAUACCUUCCCCUGCUCUGCGGAUCUUCCCGACUUCGCUGUCGGUAUUGGCAGCUAUCAUGCUGUCAUUCCAGGGUCGUUUAUGAACUACGCUCCCGUCUCCACUGGUUCUUCUUCAUGCUUCGGCGGCCUACAGAGCAACGAGGGUAUCGGCCAGUCUAUUUACGGAGACAUUUUCCUCAAGGCCGUGUUUGCUGUCUUUGACAACGACAACAUGCAAUUUGGUGUGGCCGCGAAAGAUUUGUGA